AUGUCUGCAAAGUCCAUUCUGGAGGCCGACGGGAAGGCCAUUCUCAAUUACCACUUGACUCGUGCUCCUGUGGUCAAGCCGACACCUCUGAAGCCCGCCGGCGUUCACAAUCCUCCACCCAAACUCGCUUCCCUCCAUUUCCCUGAAGAUGAGUCGGUCAAGACUGUUUUGGACCAAGCUGAGGCCACCUAUCCCUGGCUACUAGCCCCCGGCGCCAAAUUUGUCGCGAAACCAGAUCAAUUGAUCAAGAGAAGAGGGAAGAGUGGUCUUCUGGCCUUGAACAAGACAUGGCCCGAAGCCAGAGCGUGGAUUGAGGCGCGCGCCGGAACGGAACAAAAAGUUGAGACGGUCACUGGCUUCCUCAGACAAUUUUUGGUUGAGCCUUUCGUGCCCCAUCCUCAAAAUACCGAAUAUUACAUCAACAUCAACUCUGUCCGAGACGGCGAUUGGAUUCUCUUUACACACGAGGGUGGUGUAGACGUGGGCGAUGUCGACGCGAAGGCCGAGAAGAUCCUCAUCCCAGUCGAUCUGAAAGACUUCCCUUCAAACCAAGAACUCGCCAGUGCUCUCCUGAGCAAAGUGCCCACGGGCAUUCACAAUGUAUUGCUCGACUUUAUCAUCCGACUCUACUCCGUCUAUGUCGAUUGCCAAUUCACCUACCUCGAAAUCAACCCCCUGGUCGUUAUUCCCAACGCCGCCGGCACAUCUGCCGACGUCCACUUCCUUGAUCUUGCCGCGAAGCUUGACCAAACGGCGGACUUUGAAUGCGGCACGAAAUGGGCUAUUGCACGAAGUCCUGCAGCCCUUGGGCUGCCCGGCGUCAAGAGCGACGGAAAAGUGACCAUCGACGUGGGUCCACCAAUGGAAUUCCCCGCACCCUUUGGUCGCGAGCUCAGCAAAGAAGAGAAGUACAUUGCGGACAUGGAUGCGAAGACCGGUGCCUCGCUCAAGUUGACCAUCCUGAAUUCCCAAGGUCGCGUGUGGACAUUGGUUGCUGGUGGUGGUGCCUCUGUGGUCUAUGCUGACGCCAUUGCCUCCGCCGGCUUCGUCAGCGAGCUUGCAAACUACGGUGAAUACUCAGGCGCCCCAACCGAGACCCAGACAUACAACUACGCUCGCACUGUUUUGGACCUCAUGCUGCGAGCACCUAAGCGCGAGGAGGGUAAAGUCCUUUUCAUUGGUGGAGGCAUUGCCAACUUCACCAACGUCGCUUCGACGUUCAAGGGAGUGAUCCGCGCCUUAAGGGGAGUGGCUCCCGCGCUUCUCGAACACAAGGUUCAAAUCUGGGUUCGUCGUGCCGGCCCCAAUUACCAAGAAGGUCUCAAGAACAUCAAGGCAGUAGGUGAAGAGCUACACCUGGACAUGCACGUCUUUGGUCCCGAGAUGCACGUCAGCGGUAUUGUGCCGUUAGCUCUCCUGGGAAAGAAGACCACCGUGCCAGAGUUUGGAGGCUAG